GCAUGCUUGAAUGAUCAUGUGCUAUGUUUAAUGAAUAUUAGUGACAGAGAGCGGAUACAUUUAACGCAGCAAGGACAACAUAUUUCUCAUAAGAUAGGAUAAUUACAAGAAGGUAAAGUGCUAUAUAAUCAAAUUGAACAACGCAAAGGUGCUUCAAGAAGUCCAAGAUAGCGAAACACUUACCUGCUUUCGUUCCGUUAGCUGCUGAACUUAUAUACUGAAACUCCAUACCAAGGAACUCAUUUUUGCGACGCCAGUUUUAUUUUAUCAAGAGAAGUCCCGCUAUUGUGGUUUGCUCUCGUCAUUACAGGAUUUAAAAAUCUCAUUCGUCGACAGAGGUGGAAGAUUUUGGUAUAAACAAACCAUUUGCCAGUUUUUCAAUCCCAAUGGAUAACGCUUCCAGAAAUCGCUCAGUUGUUUUGAAGAUUUUUGUCAUAUUGGCAUUCACAGGUAAGUUACCCUUCUUUGAAGUGUUUUGCUACAUUAAUUGUACUAGAUAUAGCUGCAAGCGUCUUAAAGAAAGGCCGAUAAGGUUUAUUUUAAAAAUUUCUUUUAUAGUAGGAGUGGCUUACAAUUUUGAAAGUCAUCAAUUAACAAGACAUGAACAGUUUAAGUUAUUGUAAUUCGGAAAUCGUUCUAAAAAGCAAAUCGCAAAAAUGAAAUGAUGAUUUAAAUCAACCCGAUAUCAUUCACAAAAUAUACUCAAUAUCAAACAAUUAUUAAAAUUUUAGACAGUCUGUUCGAAACCAGGAAUAUCUUAAAUUGCAAUAAAAGGAACAUUAUUUCUAGAGAAAGUAAAAUUCAAAAAGACGAAGCAAUUUGAGAGAUCUAUUGUUAUAAUUACUAUGAAUGAUCGACCGCUUGCAUUAUGUCACGUCAUUACCAGCUAGGUAGCAUUUGAAUCAGUCAACGCUUUUGGUAACAAUUCAGACGCUGUUGGUACGAGAAAUUUCUUGAAUGGCAUUUGAUAACUCUACACUGAUGAGCUAGGUAAUUGCACAACAAAACCUCCUGCCUUGACUCUUCACAGCUUUAAAACAAUAUAUUCAUAUCGUAAUGGCAUCGAAUAUUAAUUAAUGUUUACACUUUGUUUUCGUUCAUACUAACCAAUCGCUCAUUAAAUCAUUUUUUGAUAGUAUCUCUUUGUUUUUCCUGAUUUUGUUUAUAUUACCAUUAUCUAAUUUUUGUUUAAAAAAUUCGCAUUUUUACACUUCUCAUAAAUUUUACGGGGGAUCAGUCGUCACUAAAAAAAUACCUCUGGCUUUAGGUUUUAAUUUACCCGUGAUCAAAGAAAACUGAGUCAUUAGACAGAUCCUUUGCAUUUUAAAACUAAUGAAAUACUAAUAUAUAGUAAAAUAUAAAAUAUAAGAUAUAACAGUAUUGGGGGAGGGGAGAGGGGGUCGGACUUUGUCAAUCAAUUUUGGACCCCAGCCCAUCCCCCUCCCUCUCUUUCCUUUCAGGCGAAAAAAAAUUGGUCCCUCUGUCACUCACGAAUUUUUAAAAACACCUUUUUUCUUUAGGGCUGACAUAUGGCAACAAGCUGGACGACUUGCUGAAUGAUGAUAAACUACGUAAGUUUUACCACGAGUACAAAUUGCAACCAUCACCUCUUUCAGUGAACGCUAACUGAAUGAAAGUGCCAGCUCUUGUAUUUCUUUACUUAACUAACAUUACACACAUAACUUACACACUCAUGAUUUGCAUUUAUUAUGAUUUACCAUCGUCAUUAUCUGUAAUCAAUGGCGUAGUUAAGAAAGGGAGGAGGUGCUUAUGACCUAUGUCUUCGUGAGGAAAAUUUGUGAUAUUACACCAACACCAAACAUGUUACACCAAAAACCAACUGGCAUAACUGAUGUGACCAUUAUGAAGACUCCACCCUCCCUCCCCUCCCCACUCCACAUCUUUGGUGGAAAGUUCUGGACACAAUCAAGAUUAGUCUGGAGACUAGUUUUGCUCCUGAUAAAUUGACUGAGUAUCGUAUCUUCUCUGACCAAAAUUGAUUCUCUCUGAACUUCGCACCUAGUCAAUUUUGGUUUGAAUCAGAUUUUACUUCGCGUUGUAGCGGAAUUUUGAGUCAUUGAGAAUUAGAACUCUCUUGGAGCAUGGGAUCGAUAACCAGCUUAUGGUCGAAAAAUGAGCCCACGCACCUAAACCUUCUUGGGAGGAUUUUAGAACGCUCUCGGAAAACGACGAAAAUUUGUUUACGACUUGUAGUCGAUGUCAACUGAUUAAUUUUUUUUCCCUCAUUGCAGUUCUGUAUGUGGCCAUUGGGUUUCUUUGUUUCUCUGUGCUGUUCCUAUUUUUAGCGAUUCUAAUGAUCUCUAUCGUCGUCAUCAGAAUGCAGAAAAUGAGAAAGUAAGUUUAUUUUUGUGAGCUUGCGUAGCAAGAGGUAAAGUAGGAACUUUGAAGCGCUCAGUCACGAGAAGCCCGGGAAAAAAGCGUUAUUUCUCUUUGUCGCAGCCUUUAUUUUCAUAGAGCGACAGUAUCUGCCAUUUUUUAAACCUGGAAUUAAUUAAAAGAAAAAAAAAGAUCCUUGCCCACUUUGCUAUACUAGAGGUAGGUGGUAAUAGUUACAGAUGCUGAACUUGUGAUAUUUCUCUCAGGGCACGUCAGAAGGAAGAGGAUGAAGCAGGCGGAAGAAUCAGUGAAACAAUUAUUGCAAACCCUAAUGUUUUGCAACACCCUCCUGGGCGAAGCUCGAACGAACCAACAAAAUGGGAACGUCACCCAAACGCGGGGAAGAACGGCGGCAAAAGGGUAUCUAAGGGAAACACCCCUGUGGACUAUCUGGAGUAUAUGGACUUGAUAAUUAUGGACGCUGCGAAUAUGAACCUACCGCGUGCAAAGAGGAUAGAAAGUGAGAACAGAGAAAAGACAGUUUGAGUUGUAUGAUUGUGUGGCAGGCUGCAAUUCUGCUGUGUUUUGAACGUCUAAGUCCCUCACUGUAUUUGAGUUGAG